GGAGGGUCGCGGCGGGGAUGAGCCGCCCCCUCUCCCCGGUCCCGGUGAGGUCCCGGUGAGGCCCCGGCGAGGCGGGAGCGGCCCGGUCCUCCAGGCUCCCGGCAUGCCCCGCUCGGGGCACAUGCUCGGUGCGUGGGGCCGGCCCGCGCUCCGCCCGGCCUCGUCAGCAGCGCGGGGCCUCCGGGACCGCCGGCACCGCCGACAUGGCCCCGCCGACAGGGAAUGUGGUGGACAGCCAGGCGCCGCGGCUGGUGGCCAGCCAGCUGCGCUGGGACCUGACGGCCGAGCAGAUCGAGGCCAUGGCCGCGGAGCUCACCGAGAGCACCAAGCUCGUGUACGACCGCGUGGGAGCGCAGGAGCGCGGGGAGGUCUCCUACGAGAACACCCUCAAAGCCCUGGCGGACGUGGAGGUGGAAUACACAGUCCGUAGGAACAUGCUGGACUUCCCCCAGCACGUGUCCCCCUGCAAGGCCAUCCGCGCCGCCAGCACCGAGGCCGACAAGAAGCUCUCGGAGUUCGACGUGGAGAUGAGCAUGAGGCAGGACGUGUACCAGAGGAUCGUGUGGCUCCAGGAGAAAGCAGAGAGCGCAGCCCUGAAGCCCGAGGCAAAGAGGUACCUGGAGAGGCUGAUCAAGCUGGGGAAGAGGAACGGGCUGCACCUCCCCGAGGAGACACAGGAGAAAAUCAAAGCCAUCAAGAAAAAGCUGAGCGUGCUGUGCAUAGACUUCAACAAGAACCUCAACGAGGACACCACCUUCCUGCCCUUCUCCAGAGAGGAGUUAGGGGGGCUCCCUGAGGAUUUCCUGAACUCGCUGGAGAAGACGGAGGACGGGAAGCUGAAGGUCACCCUCAAGUACCCGCACUACUUCCCCCUGCUGAAGAAAUGCUACGUGCCCGAGACCAGGAGGAAGGUGGAGGAGAUGUUCAACUCCAGGUGCAAAGAGGAGAACUGCCUGAUCCUGAAGGAGCUGGUGGACCUGAGGGCUCAGAAGGCAAAUCUGCUGGGCUUCAGCACCCACGCCGACUUCGUGCUGGAGAUGAACAUGGCCAAGAGCAGCCGCACGGUGGCCACGUUCCUUGAUGAGCUGGCCCAGAAGCUGAAGCCCCUGGGGGAGAAGGAGCGGGCUGUGAUCCUGGAUCUGAAGAGGAAGGAGUGCGAGAAGCGCGGGCUGGACUUCGACAACCGCAUCAACGCCUGGGACAUGCGCUACUACAUGAACCAGGUGGAGGAGACCAAGUACAGCGUGGACCAGAACCUGCUCAAGGAGUAUUUCCCCAUGCAGGUGGUCACCACGGGGCUCCUGGCCAUCUACCAGGAGCUGCUGGGCCUCACCUUCCACCUGGAGGAGAAGGCUCAGGUGUGGCACGAGGACGUGCAGCUCUACACCGUGAAGGACACGGCGUCCGGGGAGACCAUCGGGAAGUUCUACCUGGACCUGUACCCACGGGAAGGGAAGUACGGCCACGCCGCCUGCUUCGGCCUCCAGCCCGGCUGCCUCCUGCCGGACGCCACUCGCCAGAUCUCGGUGGCCGCCAUGGUCGCCAACUUCACCAAACCCACGCCGGACGCGCCUUCCCUGCUGCAGCACGACGAGGUGGAGACUUAUUUCCAUGAGUUUGGGCACGUCAUGCACCAGCUUUGCUCCCAGGCCGAGUUUGCCAUGUUCAGUGGCACACACGUGGAGCGGGAUUUCGUGGAGGCGCCGUCGCAGAUGUUGGAGAACUGGGUGUGGGAGAAGGAGCCGCUGCUGCGCAUGAGCCGCCACUACCGCACCGGCAGCGCCAUCCCCGACGAGCUGCUGGACAAACUGAUCCGCUCCCGGCAGGCCAACACCGGGCUCUUCAACCUGCGCCAGAUCGUCCUGGCCAAGGUGGACCAGGCUCUGCACACGCAGACCAAGGCCGACCCCGUGGAGGUGUUUGCCCGGCUCUGUGAGGAGGUGCUGGGUGUCCCCGCCACCCCAGGUACCAACAUGCCGGCCACCUUCGGCCACCUGGCGGGCGGCUACGACGCGCAGUACUACGGCUACCUGUGGAGCGAGGUGUACUCCAUGGACAUGUUCCACACCCGCUUCAAGCAGGAGGGCAUCAUGAACUGCAAGGUGGGCAUGGACUACAGGAGGUGCAUCCUGCGCCCCGGAGGCUCCGUGGACGCGUCGGACAUGCUGAGGAGGUUCCUGGGCAGGGAGCCCAAGCAGGACGCAUUCCUGGCCAGCAAGGGACUGAAGGUGGAGAGCAGCUCGGUGCCUUCAGCCUGAGGUGGCCCUUCCUGGCCACCCCCACCCGGCUGCUGUCACCAAACACCCCCCGGGCCACCCCUGCCUGGAGCUGCCCCUCGCGGGCUGUGGGAGCCUGGAAUGGUGACACAGAGGUGACGUGCCCCUGUCCCCUCGGGGCUGGGGGUGGCCCUCACCAUUUGGCUGAGCUUUGAACCUGAUUUCUGCACCAGGGUGAGUUUUGGCCUCGUUGGGAGCCGGGGAGGAGGGGGAGAGGAGUUCCCAAACUUGAAGCUUUGUUUUUAAAUCCCUUCUCUUUUAAGAAGCCUCGUUGUUUUUGUUGCUUGGUUUGUGCCCCAGCUGUCACCAGGGCAGGGACAGUCCCUCUCUCCCCAUCUUUGGGCAGCUCUUGGCUGUGCUGCAAAGAUGGGGAGAUCCCAGAGCUCCAAACCCAGAGGGAACUGACUGGGACCUCCUGCCCUGAGCCCCUCAGGGACCCUCCUGCCUGGCAGGGGACAGAGGUGGCCAGCGCAGGCGUUCCCAGGACAGGGACGUGGCCUCUGUGUGCUGCCAGAUGUCCCAGGGCCAUCUCGGGGCCACCCUGGGGCCACCCCAGGCCAGCCCGGGGCUCAAGGCCGUGGCAGCUGAGGCUGUUGCUGUUGCUGUCAGCUCCGAGCCGGGCUGGGACAGGGGAAGGUCGGUGUUUAUGACUGAAAACACGGAGCUGACAGCUUCAAACAACACAAAUCCCGGGAUAAAAAUACCCCUGGGCCUCGUGCCAGGCCUUGAGCUGGGCUGUGGCGCCACGGGCAGGGACAGCAGCCAGCCCGGGCUGUGCCACCUGCCCCGGGCUGUCCCCAGCGUGCCCCAGACCCUGCGUGGCACAGGCUGUGGUGGCACAACAGGGCAGAGGCUGGGUUUGGCUUGGGAAAGGUUUGGGGCGGCUUCCUCGGGGGCUGAGGAGCUCCAGAGGGUCUGAGGAGUUCCAGAGGGUCUGAGGAGCUCCAGGAGGGGCUGAGGAGCUCCAGAGGGGGCUGAGGAGUUCCAGGAGGGUCUGAGGAGCUCCAGGAAAGGCUGAGGAGUUCCAGGAGGGGCUCAGGAGCUCCAGGAGGGGCUGAGGAGCUCCAGAGGAUCUGAGGAGCUCCAGAGGGGCUGAGGAGCUCCAGGAGGGUCUGAGGAGCUCCGGGGGGAGCAGGGAUUUGUGUCCCACCCCUUCCAGCCUCGGGGGCACCGUGUGAGAUUUGAGGGCUGUGGGAUCCAUCCCUGCCACUCCGCCGUGGCUUGGGGACAUGAGUGACCACCACCACCCCAGCCACUGCAGGCUGUCCCCGUUCCCUCCCUUUGUCACCAGCUGGGAUGAGGCUCCCCCCUGGUGCAGACAAGGUCGCUGCUGCCACCUCCCUGCCCCCUGGACUGUCCCCUGUGCCACUUGGUGCUCACUGGGGCCACCUGGAGCAUCUUGUCCUUGUCCCCCCCAGCUCCGUGUCGGAGGCGUGGCCGGGCAGCCCCCGGGUGUUUUUAGUGUCCUGUUUUACUGAGCUUUCCUCGUUUUCUCCGACUCUUCUCUCCAGAGAGAGAGAAACGAAGCCCAGCAGGGAAACCACGCACUUUCCUCCCUCCUUCCCAGCCCACGGCUCCCUCUGUCCCCUCUCCAGCGUCCCCGGGACGUGGAGCUGCACCUCCCAUCCCCACCCCAGGCUGGCAGGGAAGAGAGCUCCUUUUUUGGGGGGUGGGUUUGGAUUUCGGGGUUGUUUUUUUUGGUUUUUUUUCCUGUUAACAGUUUUAAGGGCAAACUGGUGUGUGUGUGUGUGCCGUUCGUACUGGUCACGUCCCGCCCCGCUUGUUCCCAUGGCUGGAUUUUAGACGGUUCCCAGCACUAAUAAAAGUUUUCCUCCGCGGA